AUGGCGUCUUGCGAGUCUGGGCCCCUUCCCACCUCGACCACGGCCAAUCUAGCUUCAAGCACCGACUCCAGUAGCACCGGCUCUGCCGAGUCCCCGAUUGAACGGACUCCCGAGGGCAUAAUCAUGGUGGAACGGCCCUGCGACACAGACAAUCUGGCCCACAACGCCCCGACCCGGCACUACUUCGAAAUAACCCGCGAACUGAACACGAUCAGUUUCUCCGACAAGGACCGCCAGCUCCUGAAAGCAAUCGACCGACUUCAGGGCCUCCACUACGCACACCGCUCCUGCACCGUGGCCAAAUGGCGCUUGGACGAGAAGGUCCGCUUGGAUGUGAUUUGGCUGAUGUGCACUUUCGAAGAUUACCUUCAAUCCAAGGAUUGGCCGGAGACCCCCAAGGGAGAUGAGAGUAGGACGCUACUGGAUAUGUGCAAGUUCAUCUUUUACAGUCCUUAUGUUAAGCAGGAUCUGGAGAAGAUGGAGGAGGGACCUCAGAAGGAUGUUUUGAUGCGGCUUUAUCACUGCAUCUGCACUCGGUACACUACCUAG